CCUCUUCGCCCACCAUUGUCUUUGGCCGUCGUCGUCGUCGCUACACCCCGACCGCGUCACGGUGCACACCUUCCUCCCUAUAGAAAGGCGCGCGCAGCGCUUUCGCCACGCUCACGACCACAACACGACCGACGGCUAGAGCCGCCCCUGACGAAAGACGUAGCUGACGCGUGUGCGCAGACCGGUGGGAAUAAGCAACGUGCAUUUGCCCCCCUUUCUCCGAUACUACUACAGCACACCCCUCCCAAGAUCGAAGAGUUCGCCCUCAAUCUUCCCCUUGUUCCGCCCGUGACUCGCCCCGCCUUCACUCAACCUCAUUACUACUGUCAGUUGGGAGCAGCCAGAGGAGAGCUGGACGAUGGCGGCGCGGAACCGGGAGUACUCGGUCUUGUUUCCAGGGCCUGCUUCGUCGACGAGCGCAGGCAACGCGACCUCGGUCCAAGUCGCCGUCCGGGUUCGACCAGUGACGGCGCACGACCAGAGCUCGAUUCCUGCAAGAUGGCAGCGGCAUGUAGUGGUGCCCCAGUCGAGCAACGCGCUGCAGGUCGAGCCAGGGGGACCACCGCCCUCCGGUGCACCUACCGCCUCGACAGCCGCGCCCCUGAAAAAGCAGAGCUUCACCUUUGACAGGGUUCUUGCUCCCGAUGAUGGUCAAGAGCAGGUGUAUGCCGGCUCUGUGCAACCACUCAUCAGCCGCUUUCUCGAGGGCUACAAUGUCACCAUUCUCGCCUACGGCCAGACAUCGAGCGGAAAGAGCUACACGAUGGGCACCUCGGUGGCCGAUGUCGACUUUGAGGCCCUCGUCGCAGGCCAGCGGCCAGAUCCGCAGACGGGCAUCAUCCCUCGCGCCGUCGCAGACGUCUUUCGCGCCAUCAAGCAGCAGCAGGCCCGCAGCGGCGCCGUUCAGUACAGCGCCAAGGCCAGCUUCAUCGAGAUCUACAAUGAGGAGCUCAUCGAUCUCCUCGCAGAUGCAGAUGGCGACAAUCGGCCCUUGGUGCAGAUCCGAGAGGACAAGCAGGGCCACAUUAUCUGGAGCGGCCUCCGAGAGGUCAAGGUCAACAACGUGGCAGACGUCAUGAACCACCUGCUCCAGGGCUCGACGAUUCGGAGAACAAACGAGACGGACAUGAAUGCGCAAUCCUCGCGAUCUCACGCCAUCUUCUCCCUCACCCUCGUCCAGCGCAAGUUUGUGGGAAACGGCGCCCCUCCCCCACCGAGCAGCAGCAGCAACAUCCCAGGCAACCGGCCCGCCAGCGUCUUUGGCGGCCGCACCACCCCCACUGGACGAACGACGCCCAGCGGCCGGUCUGGCCUCCCUCGGCCUGCGUCCAACAUUCCCACGCCUGGUGGCGGCGCACGUGCAUCGCGGGCAGGAACUCCAUCGUCGCUGCGUCCCUCGAGCGUAGCGGGGGCGCCGCCGCGGAGCCACUCGCCCAUGUUUGGCAGCGAUCGCGACCCCGCUGCAGACGCUGGGGGCGAAUGGGUCACCGUCACGAGCAAGUUUCACUUUGUCGACCUGGCAGGCUCAGAGCGGCUCAAGCGUACGGCAGCCCAAGGAGACCGGGUCAAGGAGGGCAUCUCGAUCAACUCGGGCCUGCAUGCUCUGGGGAACGUCAUCUCGGCCCUGGGUGAUCCGGUCAAAGCGAGGAGGACGACGCACAUUCCCUACCGAGACUCGAAGCUGACUCGGCUGCUGCAAGACAGCCUGGGUGGCAAUGCGUACACGCUCAUGAUUGCCUGCGUCUCGCCCACCGAAUACAAUGUCAGCGAGACGAUCAACACGCUCCAGUACGCCAACCGGGCUCGCAACAUCAAGAACAAGGCCGAACUCAAUCAGGUAGAGGUUGGGUGGGACGACGUCGAAUACUUGCAGACUCAGGUUAUGAAACUGCGCAAGGAGCUCGCCAUCCUCAGGGGUUUCAAGUCAGGCACACCGGGCAGCGACUCAGCUAUGCGCGCAAUGGAUCAAAAGGAGCUCAUCGAGUGGCGGGAAAAGUAUGCCAGCCUCAGCCAGAAGCACUCGCAGCUCACCGCCGACCUGACCAAGCUGCAGCAGGGCCACAGCUCGUCUGACUCCAAUGCCGACUUCCUCGAGGCUGCCGAGCCCAUCAUUGUCGAGUACGAAAAGACGGUUGAUGCCCUCGAAGGUCAGAUCAACCUCAUGAAGGCGGCCCUGGGUCAUUCGGAAGACGUCAUCAUGGACGGCGAAUUACGCCAGACUGAACAGGAGUCGCGCAUCACGAAGCUGGAGCAGGAUCUCGAGACGCGCGAGCAGACGGUGACGGAGCUUCAGGCGAGGCUGGCCAAGCUGCAGGAUCGCGAGUCAUCCGCCAACACCUACGCCCGUGAUCUCGAAACCCGUCUGGCCUCGCACACGAGUGACGGUGACGCCAACGCCCAAAUUACGGCUGAGCUUAGAAAGGAAGUGGCUAGGCUGCGCGAGGCAGAGGCGUCGACGGAAGAGUACAUCAAGGACCUCGAGGCUCGGUUGCAAAAGGCUGACGACACCGUCGAGAGCAUGAAGGACCAAGUCGCUCGGCUCGAGAGAGACCUGGAGCGGCGCGACGAGGCCUACAAGGAGCUCAAGCAGCGGCUGGACUCGCUCGAUGACGCCAAACAGAACAAGGCCCUUCUGGAGGAGCUCGACCUGCGCGACGUCAGGCUUCUGGAUCUGCAGACAAAGGUCGAGAAGCUCCAGGGUGAAAAGGACGAGGUAGUCCGCGAGCGUGGGCGACUGACUGAUUCGGCGGCUUCGCACGAGCUCGAACGUGGCAAGCUCCAGGACCGCAUCCAGCAGCUGGAGAAGGCAGCGACAGCCACAGCGGCUGUAGGUGCCGCUGGAGCAGCAGCAGCAGCAGGCUUGAGGUCGGCCUCGACGACGUCUUUCAGCACAGCGGCCACAGCUCCCACAGGUACACCAAAGGAUAGCGCGAGUGCAGAGGAGGAGCUGGAACAGCUGCGAAUCCAGGUGGAAAUGUACAACAAUGAGCUCGAGGGUAAGAAGGAAGAGGAGGCAAAGCUGCAGGCCGACCUCGAGACGGUCAACGUCAAGUACAGGGAGGCUCUUGCCGAGAUCCAGGAUCUGAACCAGCAGGUCUCCGAGGCCAAGCUUCGCAGUGAUGGACCAAGCUCGAGCCGCCAGGGAGAAGAGCUGGAGAGCCCUUCGCUGUCACGCAGGGGUUCCAUGACCCUUCGAGGCCGGAAUCAGGACAGCCUGCUCGCCGACCCCGGUCCGGCCAGGCGGAGGUCACUGUCUCGCCGAUCAUCAGGCACUUUUUUAUACAAUCCGAGGGAGAGCACACCUCGAGAGGGCAGCGGAAACGCGACGACGCCCACGCGGCCAGCCAGCGGCUCCAUCAAUGGCAGUACCUCGGCGGAGGACUCUCCCUUGCGGCAACGUACGCUCUCGCUCUCUACCUCGGAUACCUAUACGGGACGCGGCAAGAGGCCCUUGAGCCUGUCGGGGAGCAGCGACUUUGCCAAGCUUGGUAUUGUGCCUCCUGGCGCUUCGCCCUCGGCCGAUUCUUUGUCGAACAAGCAGCCCGACUCGCCGGCGAACUAUGAGCGGAAGAUUGCGAGCCUGGAAAAGGAAACGAUGAGGCUCCAGGAGGUGCUUCAGGAGAGAGACGAAGAGAUUGCCGCGCUGGAGAGGGGUGCGCGCGAGAGUGGUAGCGUCCCUCCUCGUCAAGCCGCCGCCGCCAAGGAAGGCGCCUCUUUGCUCUCGCCCCCUGGAGAGGGUUUGACUCGAGGAGGAGCCGCUGUCGAAGGUGCCACCCCGCCAUUGACGCCGGCAACGGAGCGAGAAUUUAGCGUCAUCCGGCAACUCGUCUCUGAAUCGCAUGGAGGCGGCGCUGGUGGUGCCAACGUUGACGAGCUCAUGAGGUCUAUGGCUCGCAAGGAGAUGUCGUCGCGCCAGCAGAUGGAUGAGCUGCGUGCGGAGCUGGCCAAGAAUCGCCGCGAGCACGAGACGCUGCAGACGUUGUCGCGCGACCAGGCUGCCAACAUGGCCUUGGAGAUCGAGAACCUCCGUGCACAGCUGGCUGCCUCUGCCGUGUCGAUCAAGGGUGCAGACGCCAACGGGCAGGGAACCACCGCCGCUGUGGACGAGCAGCUCGAGGCGCUGCGUCAGGAGCACGCUUCGGCCAUGACAACCCGAAGCGAGGAGCACACAGCCGCCUUGGCAGAUCUGACGCAGGCCAAGGCUGCGGCCCUGGCGAAACAGGCCGAAGAGCACCAGAAGACUUCACAGGCGACGAUGGACGAGGCGAUGCAGAAGCUCAGGGACUUGCACAAGGAAGAGAUCCAGACCCGGGAGCUUGGCCACAAUGAGGCCGUGCUUCAGGCCCGAAGCGAGGGCGAAAAGGCGCUGGUGACGGCUUCGGAGCAGCACGCCUUGGCGAUGGACAAGACCAAGGAGGAGCACACCACGCUUCUCACCAAGGUGUUAGCAGACAAGGACGCUGCGCACGCCGAGACGCUCAGCUCGACCAAGGCCGACUUCGAGAAGCAAGUCGAAUCCAUCCGGGCUGAUCACACGUCGGUCGUCUCCAAGCUCAAGGACGAGCACGGCGCAAUUGUGGCCAGACAAGCAGCUGACCAUGCUGCCGCUAUCGACGCUCUCCACGAAGAGCACUCGAAGUCGCUUGGCGAGGGAGAGGCCGAGACGCACAGCAGGCACAGGCAGGCUAUGGUGGCGAUGCAGACGAAGCUGGCCGAAGAGCACCGCGUCGCUCUGGACGAGCUGCAGACCAAGCUGACGAUGGAGCACGAUGGCGCCCUUGAGGAGCACAGCACGAAGCUCGAGUCUCUCACGAAGGACCAUGAAGAUGUGCUGGGGCGGAUGAAGGAUGACCACCAGAGGAAGCUGGAGCAGAUUCAGUCGCAACACGAGAGCGCUACCGCUUCUCUCAAGGACCUUCACGCCAAGGCGCUGGUCACCUCUCGCGACGAGUCUCUGGCGACGGCCACAGAGACACACAGCCGCGCUAUCCAGGACCUCGGCAAGGAGCACGCCGAUGCCCUCGCGGCCAGCCAGGGCAGCCUGGAGCAGGCGAAGCGGGAUCACGAUGAUGCCCUGGCAAAGAUGGGCGAAGAGCACUCGUCGGCAAUGGAGUCGCUGCGCCAAGAGCUGUCCAAGGGACAGGCGGACCAUUCCACGGCUGCGCAAAACGCCAAGAGGGACAUCGAGAGGCUGGAGAAGAACCACUUGCACACGCUCGAGCAGCUCGAAGCGCUCAAGACUGCGCACGCUGACCGGCUGACCGUGCUGGGCGAUGAGCACUCUGUCCGUGUUGCUGAUCUGCAGCGGGAUCUCGAUCGGGCCCUGAUGGAGCGACGCGAGCUCGAAGCAAAGUACAUGAAGCUGCUGGAGCAGGACCCACACGACCUCGACGCAAUUCGCUCUGAGCUGUCCGAAACCAACGAUGCCCUCGUCACACUCGAAGAGGCCCUCUCAGAGACGCAGCUGGAGCGUGACCGGCUGGUCUUGGAGGUGGAGCAGCUCAAGGAGGGUCGAGGCGGACCUACAAACGGAAGCGGCGUUGACACCAGUGCCACAACGAUUGCCCAGCUUCGAAAGGAGACAGACCUGUUGCAGGCAAGCCUUUCCAAUGCUCGGUCCGAGCUCAUGAGGAGCAAGAGCGACAUCCAGAGCCUCGUCGAGGAGCGUGCGAGGCAGGAGAGCCUGUACCGCGAGACGCAGAUCAAGCUCACUAUUGCCGAGACGCGGGCCAACAACCGUUCGAGGGGUGUCGCCGCCUCCAGCAGUGGAGACCUUGACGGUGAUGCGAGCUCGAGCUCGGGUGCACACGCAAACGGGCACAAUGGCUUGCCGAGAUCGCCCAACACAGCCAAGCGUGUGUCCGACUACACGGACGCCGGCUCGUCGCACAGCGAUGCUAGAAGCUCAAAGUCGCUCGGAGUUGGUGGUGGUGCGAAGCCUCCGCCGCUGACGCCACCACCCAACGUGCCACCGCCUCCGACGCCGAAUGGAGGUGCGACGACGCCGACGCAGCGCCAUUCAGGCUUCCGAAACUCGGGCUCCUCGAUCCUGACGAGACCCGACUCGCCGAGCCAGAGCCUGCAGUCGGGCUCCCUCACGCGGUCGUCAAGCAUCACGAGCAUCAGCAACAUGCCUAACAUCAACGGCCUGGCGGCGUCGGACCCGAAGGUGGCCAAGCUGCUGGCGGACCAGGCUGAGGAGCUCAAGAGCCUGGCCAAGCAGCUCAACCACUGCGAGCAGGACCUCCAGGCCAACAUCGACCUCGUGGCCACGCUCGAGGCGGCCCUCAACGACAGCGAGCGCAACCUGCGCAAGUCGCGCGUCCAGCUAUCGGAGGCUGCCAGGGAGAGGGACCGCUUUGCAGCCCAGGCAGACGAGCUGCGCGUGCAGGUGAGCACGGUGCAAAAGGAGAACGACGCCGUCAAGAACAACGUCAUGCUCGAGAAGCAAGGCUAUGAGAGCCGGCUCCAGGCCGAGAGAGAGGCUAAGGAUCGUGCCAGGAGGGCCUUGGAGCAGCGGCUGGAAGAAGUGCAAAAGAAGAAGAACAGCAAGCUCUUUUGCAUGUGAGACUUCCUCCAUCGUGUCUCUCGAAGCCUCGCUCUUUCUCUCGGUCUUCUGGUCUCUCUUUCUCUGUAAAGGUACAAAGUCAGUGUAUCUCUUUUGUUUCCAUUAUCGAUGUCGUUCUUUCCUCAUUCGUUUCCAUCUCUACACUCUACUUUUUUCACACUCUUUGUCACGAUUAUCGUUCUCUUCGCUCUUAUCAAUGGUUUUCUUUGAUUCUGGC